AUGAAACCGUCUGAACUGGCCGCCGACGACGAGAACGCCUCCGUCGAGAACCGGUGGUGUCUAUUGCGGGACAUAGUCCAAUCGACUGCCCUGGCUGUCGUUAGUCGUGCACUCCGCCAACACCAGGACUCGUUCGAUGACAACGAUGUCGACACCAGCAACCUGCUUGCCGAGAAAAACCGCCUGCACAAUGCAUACGUCAAUCGCCCCACCGACGACAACAAAGCAGCCUUCUUCCGUGGUUGCCGCCUUUUACAACAGUGGCUGCGGGAGGUGCAGGACGCCUGGACAGCUCGUAAGGCUGAGGACAUCCAAGGGUACGCGAACCGCAACGAGCGGACGGACUUCGUCGCUGCGAUCAAGACUGCCUACAGUCCCACAGCCAAAGGUACUACUCCUCUUCUCAGCGCCGAUGGCAGUACCCUACUCACCGAGAAGACACAAAUUCUUCAGCGAUGGGCCGGGCACUUAGAAGCGUCCUUAACCGCCCCUUCAUCAUCUCCGACGCCGCCAUCGCCCGCCUGCCCCAAGUGGAAGCCAACGUCGACCUCGAUCUCCCGCCAUCUCUCCACGAAACCAUCAGGGCCAUGCAACAGCUCUCCAGAGGGAAAGCGCCUGGAUUAA